CUCCAGCUGCUGCCAUGAUGAAGGGAGCACUGCUUGUGCUGGCCUUGCUGGUGACCAGAGAGCUGACCUUCAAGACGAGUGAGGCGGAAGCCUGCCCUGUGUUUUAUGAAGGCCUUAGUGGUGUGAUCCUUGGACUCCCAGAAAAAGCAUUGAAUGAAACCUUGGAUGCGAUCGAUGCUAAUGAAGAUGAAAAAGCAGCCGUUGAAAAAGUCCGGGAUUGCUUCACUGAAGCAGGACCUGAGAACAGGUUUAAUAACCUGAAAUUUAAGGUGUCCAUCAUCUUCAGUAACGAUUGCACCGGCUAUAAAUUGUCCUCGGUGGUGAAUGCUCUUAUAGGAUUUGCUUCCAGUCUGCUCUCUUUGGUGGGAUAAGCUUUGCCAGAUGUGCCUGGUCUGCACUUGAUCCUCCUGCCCUGUUCUCCUUCUGUUCCUGAAGCUGGAAUCCAGACACCUUUCCCACCUGAUGUGGCCUCUAUCAGGCUGACUC